AUGAAACUCGAAGUUUGCAACUAUAGUGGAUUUAAAAUCUAUCCCGGACAUGGCAGACGUGUUGUUAAAAUUGACGGCAAGGUACAUAUUUACUUGAAUAGAAAAUGUCAACGAUCAGCUGAUAUGCGCCGAAAUCCACGUCGUGUUACAUGGACACUUUAUUACCGUCGUAAACAUAAGAAAGGUGCUUCCGAACAAGAACUUAAAAAACGUACUCGUCGUAAUAUUAAAUUUCAACGAGCUAUCACUGGUGUUUCCUGGAACGAGAUCCUUGCUAAACGUAACCAACAGCCCGAAUUUCGAAAGGCUCAACGACAAGACGCCAUCAAUGCUGCUAAACAAGUUAAGAAGACCAAAGCUUUACAAAAGAAAGCUGCACAAUCGAGUGUUGUUAAGAGUGGUAAACCAGUGAAGAAACCAGAAAAGAUUCAAAAGAACCUUCCAAAAACUGGUCCAAAGAAAGGCACACAACGAUAA